CCAUUUAAUUAAGAUCUGCUUUGGCUUGGCUUAAAUCAGUACUCUGUAAUUGAUUUGUGCUGCAGCCGCCAUUGAUACCACUAGUCCUAGAAAGGCUCUUUAUGAAAAUAUGCUGGUGGAGCUCCCCUUUGCUAGUUUUUUCCUCUCAAAGUUACUGGGGACGAGUGCUGAUGUUGACAUUCAUCAUUUAGCUUCGUUAGAUCCAGAGAUGUACAAGAAUUUGCUUUUCCUCAAGAGCUAUGAAGGGGAUGUGGAAGAACUUGGACUGAACUUCACUGUGGUAAAUAACGACCUUGGGGAAGCACAGGUGGUUGAGCUGAAGCCGGGUGGAAAAGAUAUCCCUGUGACCAGUGCUAACCGCAUCGCAUACAUCCAUCUGGUGGCAGACUACAGGUUAAACAAGCAAAUCCGGCAGCAUUGCCUCGCGUUCCGCCAGGGGCUGGCCAACGUGGUCAACCUGGAAUGGCUUCGAAUGUUUGAUCAACAGGAAAUACAGGUUUUGAUAUCUGGUGCCCAGGUUCCUAUUAGUUUGGAUGAUCUUAAAUCUUUCACAAACUAUUCAGGUGGCUAUGCAGCAGAUCAUCCUGUGAUAAAAAUAUUUUGGAGGGUUGUGGAAAGCUUCACGGAUGAAGAGAAACGCAAACUGCUCAAGUUUGUAACGAGCUGCUCUCGACCGCCUCUUCUGGGGUUUAAGGAGUUGUAUCCUGCAUUUUGCAUCCACAAUGGGGGAUCGGAUUUAGACAGGCUACCCACUGCCAGUACCUGCAUGAACUUGCUGAAGCUUCCCGAGUUUUAUGAUGAAAAUCUUAUGCGGAGCAAGCUGCUUUACGCCAUCGAAUGUGCUGCUGGCUUUGAACUGAGCUGAGUUGAACUGCUGCUCGUGCGGCCGACCUGCAGAGGAGCUAACAGUGCCUACUCCACACGCAGCACCAAGCAGUUCUAAGGGAAUUCUGCCUAGAUUUCUGCAGCUCUUGGGUCUUAUCAGAUGCCCUCAAAUAGGUUUCAUUUUUAAACACAAUUUGUUAGGUAGCUUUCAUUGAUUAAUAUUACAUUGACACUGCUUUAUGAUUCAACUAAUGAAUGCUGUGUGCAGUGUGGCUGUUUUCUGUGUUUAGGCGAAGGAAGAGCACAUUUAAAGAACAGUGACAUCUCAGUAAAGUUAACCAAAGAUGAAGCUUUGGCUUUGUGCUGUUGAAAUAUAAAUAACUUCACAAACUGGCAAUAAAGUUGUGUACCAUGCAGCACGCUGGGAAGAGACAGGGCUAACACCCUGUAAUUAAUCUUUUAGAUGGAAGUGGAAGCGGAGCAGAUGGAGCUUGCAGAUCUCCCAGAACUGAGGUUGAAAACGCUCGUUACUGAUAACCCAACAUCUUUACUUCCGUGGUAGAGUUGUUUACAAACUGUAGUUGUUGCAAUUAAGUCAGAACUGAUUAUCAUUAUUUUGUACUGCCUUCCCUCAGAAUGGUAGGCACUGAGAUAAAAACUGUUAUAAACAAUCUUUUAUUUGUGCUUUCUGAAAUACCUUUGAGAAAUCGGGUUCGCAUGCUUGUUUUGAGUUCAACCUUUGGCUGCAUCAUUAUCACUUGAACACUGUCGUAAAUGGAUGGGACUGUCCAUGUUCUCUCUGUUCUGUUUUGUCUUCUUGCCUGUACAGGGUUUUUUGUUUUGUUUUUUAAUGUGUCAGACUCCUAUUGCAUACCCAAUACAUACAGAAGUCAUGACUUUGGAAAAAUUAUACAUGUAACAACUAUUAAAAUGAUUUAAAC